GUCAUGUUCCUGUAAUUAUCUCACUAAACCAGGGCCCAUCUUCUUCCUCGUCUCGUCACUGAUCUAUAAAUCCCGAAUCUCGCAUCUUAAGCCUCAAGGAACACCUUAUACUCCUGUCAAUCUUAAUCCACAUAUCCAUGGCUUCCCGCUACGAGGUGGAAGUGAAGCUUGAAUCUGCCAAGAAACUCAAGAACGUGAACUGGCGCCACGGCCCCAAUCGCCCAUACGCCGUCGUUUGGGUUGAUCCCAAGAACAAGUGCUCCACCCGGGUCGACGAAUCCGGCGACACCGAAGCCGUCUGGGAUGAGAAGCUCCGCAUCCCCUUGCCUCCCGGCCCCAUCGAGGACUUCACCCUCUUCAUCGACGUGGUCCACGCCGGCUCCGAGGAGGACACCAAGCCGCUCAUUGGCUCCGCUAAGCUUAAGCUCAACGAGGUUCUACAGGACGUCGGAAUUGGCGAUCGCGCCACCAGCAAUUUGACCCUGAAGCGACCAUCGGGGAGGCCGCAGGGUAAGGUGGGCGUUGGGGUUUCCAUCAGAGAAAUAGGCUACCCAGCUCCUGGUUCGUACCAGGCUCCGCCUUACGGCGUCCCACCGGCAUCAGUGUCACGCGAUUUCUCCGGGGCUUCGCCGGCGUAUGGUUAUCAGCACGGCGUGCCACACGAUCCGUACUAUUCCGCGGCGCCGCCGGCUGGGUACCCGUACAGUGGUUACAAUGCGCCGCCGCCGCCGCCAACGGCCUACGGACAGCCGAGCUACGGUUAUGGUCAGGGGGGUGAUCAGCCGGCGUACGGAGGCGAGGAGAAGAAGAAGAGCAAGUUUGGGGGGAUGGGGAUGGGGACGGGAUUGGCUGUGGGCGCAGUGGCUGGUGUGUUGGGUGGAGUUGCACUGUCAGAAGGUUUCGAUGCUUUCGAGGACCAUAUUGCAGAGAAAGCUGCAGAGAAAGUGGAAGAUGAUCUGGGUUACGAUGAGGGCGGGGACGACGAGUAGAAGAAAGCAUCGUUCAACUUCACUGUUACUGCCCUCUUUGGAAUGUUUUUAACUUUUUUAUCUGAAAAAUCGAAACACGCAUUCGGAUUCCAGCUGAAUUUACCCGAAAGAAUCCGAUCCUUUCAUGUCUUUCUUUGUAUUUGGAUUUGGAUUGAUCUCUCCUUGUCUCUCUUGCUCGCAGUUUUUGCAUCAUAGUCAUUUCUUCAAGCUAAA